CGUCGGUCAUUGCAUUCACAAGUCGUUUAGUACCGGGACUCGUCUUCCCCUAACGCUCAACAUAUCCAUGGCGACGAGCGUGGCACGACUGGGAGCAGACGCAAAAUGCCUCGCAACUGGUUGAACCCUCGUCAUUUCCUGAAUCGCAAACCGAACGACAACGGAUGGGGUCAGUUUAUGCUGCGGGACCAGACAGACUUCAAAUCAUUCAAUGCAACAAGCGGCAGUCUCGACGAUGUAUCCCUUGCGAAAUCAUUCACCCUCUGGGCCAAGAAACGACCGACUCUGGGUCCUCCGAAAAUCUGCAUAACGACCGCGUCCAUAGUUGUCGGCCUCAACAUUGUCCUCACGCUUGUCGCAUUCGGCAUCGGAUACUCGAAAUACAGUCCGAAUGGGUUCGUCACUGUGCCGUUAUACACGGGGAGCUGCUCGGUUUCGAAGCACUGGUCGAUUGGGUUGCACGUGUUGAUAAACGCGCUGGGGACGGCCAUGUUGGCUGCUAGCAAUUAUUGCGCGCAGUAUCUUGCCGCUCCGACUAGGGAGGAUGUUGACAAGGCGCAUUCGCGUGGAUCAUGGAUGAAUAUUGGCAUUCCGAGCGUGACCAAUAUCUGGAGAAUGAAGUGGAAGUAUAAGAUUCUGUGGCUGGUCUUGAUGGUUACGUCGCUGCCGAAUCAUUUAAUAUACAACUCGGUGAUUCUGAACUCGAAGUCCACCAAUGAAUACGGAGUGAUUGUGGGACCCAGCGACUACAACGCGUCUAAGCCGCUGAACGUUAGCGAUGAAGUGGCAUCUUGCUUUCCUGACAGAUUGAGACAGUCCUACAGCCAGUUCAACGAGGAAAUGAAUACGGGGAAAUUCGAAAUCUUGACCAAACGGCAGUGUCUAGACAAGCUAGCUGUGAACUUUCCAUCCGAUCAAGGGACAGUCAUGAUUCUAUCCAAGAAUCUCACCGCAGGGGAGCAAAUUCCGCUCGCGUCGGUGGGAUUCGGAAAUGAGAUAGAACAAGUAUCCGCUGGUUUGCCCUCCUAUCAGUGGAUGUGCCCUAACCUCACGCCAGAUGGCUGCCCCAUCCCGAAGAUAAAAGAAGAUAUUGAUCAUUGGUCAGUGUAUGCGAUGCCAUGGGUGGUUUCGGAAUGGAGAGUGACUGUCCCGGCCAGAAAUGGCCAGACAUUGACUUAUCAAAAAAACAAUUAUACGGGCUGUCCAGACUGGGGCAGUGAGGAUUACUGUUUGGACCUUGACUAUCUUGCACUAUUGGGGUGGGAAUACGGAGGUAGUUCUGCCCAUAAAUUUAACACUACAAUACAUGACCCUUCGCGGUGGCACGACAGCUGGGCGGCAGAUGUGCAUUUUGAGCAGGCAAACACUACCUGUCGUCGCUCGUCUUAUGGGUGGAUAGAGGUAGGUUAUGUGGGUGAUAGUUACACAGUUGAUAGCUGCCUGAGUAUGCGCGUGGAAGAGCGGUGUCAGCUGCUUUUCAUUCCGCCAUUUGCUCUAAUAGUCAUCGGCUGUGGCAUCAUUAAGCUCUCGUGCAUCGCUUUUAUAGCCCAUGGUGCAUCGGCCAACAAGCUGUUGACAGUCGGGGAUGCAAUUGCCUCGUUUCUGACCAGGCCUGAUCCGCACACGACCCAGCGGUGUCUGAUCUCGAAGAGUGGCUGCAACACCGGUUCUUCGUGUUGGGAAAUCGCGACACAACCGCAGGUGCUAUCGAAGCAACGAAAAUGGUGGUGGCAAGCGGGCAGCGGGUUUUUAUGGACCAUGACCAUCUGCCUUUGCUCUGUGACGAUUGGUGUGGCGGGCUAUCUUCUUCACCAAGGACUGAAGGAGCCAAGAUUGGAAAUGGCCGGUGGUACAGGCCUCAAAUCAUUAUGGGCACUCGGAUUAGGGAGCGUGAGCUUCGCCACCAUAAUCGCUCAAAUCCAGUCCACCAUGCUAGCCAACGUCCUUCUAGCCAACGUCCCACAGCUCAUCGUGUCCAUUUCCUACUACUUCUACAACGCCCUCAUGACUUCCAUGAUAGUAUCCGCCGAAUAUGACAGCUACGCGCUCGGUUCCCCGGGAGUCGACAGUGCCGGGAAUCCCACCCUGAGACCGAACAAGCCGCUGCGGGUGACUGGCGUUGCGGAGGGUGCUCAACGCAGGUCCUUUUUCCUGGGACUUCCCUCCCAGUAUAGCUUACCGUUGAUGAUCUGCUACACUGUGCUUCACUGGCUAGUGUCUCAGAGCCUGUUCUACAUCCGUGUCUGCCUCUAUGACGUCCAUGGGCGCUAUGUCGAGUCGGCGGACGUCAAUGCUUGUGGCUGGUCGCCUAUGGCUAUUAUCUUCGCAUUGGCGCUCGGCGGCUUAAUGUUCUUAAUGCCGUUCCUGAUGGGAAUGAGACGGUUUCGGUCGCGAAUUCCUCUAGCAGCUAGUUGUAGUGUUGCUAUCAGCGCGGCUUGUCAUCCGCCGAUGGGAGAUUCGUAUGCUGCGUACGGGAAUGUUGUGUGGGGCGAGAUUAUUCCUACGAUGGGAUGUAUAGGAGAUGAGAGUGAGAGUCAAGAGAAGGGCAUACCUCACUGUUCUUUUACUUCGCAGGAAGUUAGAGUUCCUUCUGUAAACACAGUCUAUGUAUGA